GUGUUUUGGAUGGUGUUAAUAAGUGAGAACACAAUUAUCAAAGUAAAAGCUCUGUAGACAAGAUACUCUCUUGAUAUGGUCGAUAGAGGAGAUAUUCAGACAGUAGUCAUUUCUGAAGCUAUAAAAAGUGUUAUAGCAAAAUAUACAAUUGCUGCUACUGGUUUCGUAGGUCUGAUUUUAAUUGGAAGAAGUGGAAGAUUGUUAACGAAAUUCAAAAGUGCUAAUCAAAUCCCUGAACGAUUCAUAACCCGGCACGUCAAAUUACAGGGAUUUGUUAGAUCAAUUGAUGAAGUUGGAAAUCUUAAAAUAGAGCAUCAACGUCUAAUCCAUCUUCCUUAUUUGAAUAAUCAUACAAAAUCGCUCAAUGUCUCCUUAGCUGGUGUAAUCCUCAAAGAAGGAGGAGUCAACUAUUUAAAAUCCAAUUUCAUGUCGGAAAAAGUAUGGUUUAGGCUAAUGAAUAGAAUCGAUUCGAAUAGUUUGGACUGCAUUAUACUACAUAAGCCUUCGUUUUGGAAGCUCAUAGUAAACGUCAAUGAGGAAGUUGUUAAAAGGGGAUUGGGUCUUCCUAAAAAGGUGAAUGAAAAUGAUGCGAUAUGGGCAAGGUUUAUGAAAAGGUUAAAUAGAGCUGAGGGAAUUGCUAUUAAAAAAAGAGUAGGAGUGUGGAAAAUUGAAGAACUAACUCUAUUUGAAAAAUUAUCUGAUUAUAUUCCUGCUAACCCAUUUUCUAGGUAUUUAAAAAAACGAUCUUCGUGA